AACAACAGUGAAUCUCAAUCGAGAGGAGUGGUAAGCCAGAAACCAAAACCUCAAUGCUGGGAACAUGGUUGCAACGGACGCGAGUUCUCUACAUUCAGCAACCUUUUGCGACACCAACGAGAAAAGUCAGGAACGGCCGCUAAAUCGUAUUGUCCAAAGUGUGGAGCGGAAUUCACCCGAACGACAGCAAGAAACGGGCAUUUGGCCCAUGAGAAGUGUUCAAAGCAACGCAGAGCGUCAGAGGCC